AUGAGAUACACAACCCUUCUCAUAGCCACUGGCCUUCUGUCUUCAGCAAGUGGUUUUGACAUCGUCCGCCGAAGGGACGCCACCAAUGCUACGUACAAGGACCCAAAUGCCUCCAUUGAGUCCCGUGUGACUGACCUUCUCUCUCGAAUGACGAUUGAAGAGAAGACGGCACAACUCAUCCAAGGCGACAUAUCCAAUUGGAUCAACACGACGACCAAUGUAUUUAACGCGUCGGGGCUUGUAUGGAACAUGGACAAGAGGGCUGGACAAUUCUACGUCGGAUACCCAAUGGCGCAGUCAUGGAUCAGCGAUGGAAUCAAGAGAGCCCAAGACUACCUCGUGCACAACACCACAUUGGGGAUACCUGCCUUUACACAGACUGAAGGUAUCCACGGCUUGUUGGUCGGCAAUGCAACUAUUUUCAACAGUCCGAUCGCUCAUGCUUGUUCUUGGGACCCCGAGUUGAUCAAGGACAUGGCAGCUGCAAUCGCACAAGAAUCAAGAGCCCUCGGCAUCAAUCAGAUCUUCGCUCCAUUGGCCGAUCUAGCUCGUGAACUUCGGUUUGGCAGAGUCGAAGAGACCUUCGGUGAAGAUGGUCAUCUCGCAGGUGAAUUGGCAUAUAGUUAUGUCAAGGGUAUCCAGGGAGGCAACGUCAGCUCAACAGUCAAACAUUUCGCUGGGUUCUCUGCACCGGAGCAGGGCAUCAACACCGGGCCUGUACACGGUGGUGAGCGAGAGCUUCGUACAACAUGGCUGCCCCCCUUCAAGAGAGCCAUCAUCGACGGAGGCGCUUACAGCAUUAUGGGCGCGUAUCAUUCCUACGACGGCAUACCAUCUAUAGCCGAUCAUCUGUUGCAGGAGACCAUUCUGCGCGAUGAGUGGGGUUAUGAGUACUUUAUCACUUCUGAUGCGGGUGCUACGGACCGCUUGUGCUGCUCAUUCAAGAUGUGCGCGUGUAAACCCAUCGACAAAGAAGCAGUCACAUUAUACACCCUACCUAACGGAAACGACGUAGAGAUGGGAGGCGGCUCGUACAAUUUUGAGACCAUACCGAAGCUCGUCAAGGAAGGCAAGCUGGAUAUCGAAGUUGUUGACAGAGCGGUUACGAGACAGCUUCGGGCCAAAUUUGCAAUGGGUCUUUUUGAGAACCCGUAUUUGGGACUUCCGUCAAACGCCACGAAAUCUGAGAUCCAUACUGAGGAAAACGUUGCUCUUGCUAAGAAGCUCGACACGGAAUCCAUCGUGUUACUGGAAAACCAUAACUCCACCCUGCCUCUCUCCAAAUCUGCCAAUGUCGCAGUCAUUGGCCCAAUGGCCGACUUCAUCAAUCUUGGUGACUAUGUUGUUUACCGCUCGCAAUACAACCCAACCAAUGUGUCGCCUUUGAAAGGCAUUCAAGACAUAGCAACCGGAAAGGUUACUUACGCUAAGGGCUGUGAGCGCUGGUCCAACGACCAAUCUGGCUUCCCUGAAGCAAUUGCAGCAGCCAACAACGCAGAUGUCGCAGUCGUCCUAGUGGGCACCUGGUCCCGCGACCAACAAGAACUCUGGCAAGGUCUCAAUGCCACGACUGGCGAGCACGUCGACGUCUCGUCUCUCAAUCUCGUCGGCGCAAUGGGUCCGCUGGUGCAAGCAAUCAUCGAGACAGGCAAGCCAACCAUCGUAGUCUACUCAUCCGGGAAACCCAUCACCGAGCCGUGGAUCUCGUCUGCAGCAUCUGCAUUAGUGCAGCAGUUCUACCCCGGCGAGCAGGGCGGCAGCGCUCUGGCUGACAUUCUCUUUGGGGAAGCGAACCCUUCGGGGAAGCUUUCCGUCUCCUUCCCGCAUGACGUGGGGACCUUGCCGAUCUACUAUGACUAUCUCAAUUCGGGCCGGUAUACCGAAGCGGGGGAGAUCCUUCCAAACGGGACGUUGAAGUUUGGUCACCAAUAUGUCCUAGGUGAUCCGCAGCCGCUGUACGAAUUCGGUUACGGACUUUCUUAUUCCACCUUUGAGUAUAGUAAUGUUAGAGCUUCGCAGACGGAGGCGGGUGCUGAUGAUGUCGUUACAAUCUCUGCGUCCGUAACGAACACCAGCCCUGUGGAUGGGAAGGAAGUCGUGCAGGUAUACCUGCAAGAUGUGUUGGCAAGUGUCGUGGUUCCGAAUAUCCAGCUCAAAGGAUUCAAGAAAGUCCUUGUGAAGGCAGGAGAGACGGUCGACGUGGAAAUCCCUCUGAAAGUAGAAGACUGGGGCCUAUGGGACUUGAAGAUGAAGUAUGUUGUUGAGCCAGGAGAGUUUGUUUUGCAUGUUGGAGGCAGCUCAAAGGAUAUUAGAGGCAAUGCUACUGUAGUUGUGUCGUAAGAGGUCUUAGUAUAGUUCGUAUAGAGAGUUCGUAUAUGGAAA